AUGGUAAGAAAAUUAGGCAUAACAUUAGGCAUAGGAGUUGAUAUUCUCAAGACAAAUAGGUUUAAGGAAUUGCUAUUAUCGAAGGGUGAACUCAAUUCACUGUUUACUUCUAGGAUGUCGUCAAGAAUAUUACAUCCAGAGUUCGAGUUACCCAAAUUUAACGAACUUAAAGAUAGCAAUAAACUAAACGAAUGCAUAUCUCUAAUAUCCGGUAGUUGGGCUUCAAAAGAAGCAGUUUAUAAAACUUUAGAUUGUGAAUAUCAAAAACAGUUUCAGUUCAAAAAUUGGUAUAGAUAUUACAACGAGCAAGGGAAGCCUUUUAUACGAAGUGAUUUCUACAAGAAAGAAAAUGAAGAGUUUCAUUUAAGCAUAUCUCAUGAUGAUGGGCUAUUAGUAGCGACUGUCUUGAGACAAAAAAUUUACGAAUUAAUGAACGAGGAUUUUAUAGGUAGUUAA